CUUCACACGUGUGCUAUGUGCAAUUGUUUUGCUUUUCUUUCAACCCUACCUAUGUGCCAGAGCAGACAAUGAUAAAAAUAUAAGUAAACCAAAACUGAAAAGUUUGGAUCUUCUCUUAGACCCAACUAUAAAUAUGGACUCUUCUACUGUUAGACCAACACAUUUCAGUUGCGUUAAGGGAAGUAACUCUGAUGUUCAACAACAAUGGACUGCUGAAAUAAGUGGAAACAAAAUUGUCUUAUGUGGCGUCAAAAGGGAUUCGGGAGAACCGAUUGUCAUACUGAGGCGUGUUAAAGGAGGUGUGAAUUUUUCAAGGGGCUGGGUCGAUUAUAAAAUUGGCUUUGGAUCAUUUGAUGGUGAUUUUUGGAUUGGAAAUGACUGGAUUUCAUACCUUACACACAAUGGCUAUAGUGAACUAAGGUGUCACUUUAAAUAUAAAGGAAAAUCCAUGUACAAGGUGUACCGUGAUUUCAAAGUGGGCAACGAAGCAGAUUUCUAUAGGCUACAUUUUAACAACAAUACUGACGACCCUAGAGACCUGUUCACUGCCAACAAUGGAAUGGCCUUUUCCACAUUUGAUAGAGACAAUGAUAUUUUGAAAGAAAACUGUGCUAAAAGUUGUGCAGGUGGCUGGUGGUAUAAAGCUUGCAGUUAUGUCAAACUCACUGGGGAUUGGACAAAGCUUAAUGAUUGUAAUGCAAUUCAAUGGACCUCUGCAAAUGGUAAUAUUGAAUAUCUGGAAUACGCAGAAAUGCAACUACAUCUAGUAAACCUAAAGUAAAAUAAAAACUGGUGUUCUUGAUCUUAAGGUAGACAUAUUACUGGUGUUUAAAUAUUAAUGCAAUUCCUUGAAUAAGUUUAAAUAAUAUGAAACAAUAGAAAAAUGUGUUGUUUUGAAGCAAAUCAAUUUUACCAAGGCAGAGAAAAUAUUUUUUAAUCAUUCGUUCAACAAGAAUUUAAUUUUAAAAAUGUUACAUUAUAUAACCCACAAUUUCAAUAUUUUAAAAUAUAAUAAACAUUUUUUUUUUAAUUUAGAAAAAUAAAGAUUUUUCUGACGCUGUUUUUGAAGUACAUUUUUGCAUU